CGCCAUUCCACUCAGUCGUCGCUUAUUGGUUGUGGUUUAAAAAAUAGAAACGCCGGCUUUUUUCCGAUUCUAUUCUAUGUUCAAUUCUGCGGCGAAGGAAACCAAAUUUACGAUGGAUUAUUAGGUGAAUUGUCGCUUGUGUUGGAGAUUACUUGAACUCAAAGAAACGACAUUUUGCUGUGCUUGGCGAAGGGGUGUCUGCCUUGCAUUCGUCCAGCCUAUCUAGUCAUUUUAUACUCGAAAACCGGUAAUCAAACUGUGACUUCGACGAACCUUCAGGUUGACCACCAAAAUGGAACAGGUUUCCAAACUCCGGAUGAAUCUGGAGAAACAGGAAAGUCUGGUCAAGCUUGGCAUUCUGACUACGGCUGCCAUUCUGUCUUUUUCAACCCGCCUAUUUUCGGUGCUACGGUUCGAAAGUGUGAUCCACGAGUUCGAUCCUUACUUCAACUACCGAACGACGAAGUUUCUGGCCGAGCAAGGAUUCUACAAUUUUCAUAACUGGUUCGAUGAUCGAGCAUGGUAUCCGCUGGGUCGCAUCAUCGGCGGUACUAUCUACCCCGGACUGAUGGUCACAUCGGCUACCCUGUACCGGGUGAUGUGGCUUAUGAAUAUUACCGUGGACAUUCGAAAUGUUUGUGUGUUUUUGGCUCCCUUCUUUUCGUCGCUGACAACGAUUGUGACCUAUCUGCUGACAAAGGAGAUUCACAGUACUGGGGCCGGGCUGGUGGCAGCCGCUAUGAUCUCGAUCGUCCCGGGUUACAUUUCCCGAUCGGUGGCCGGUUCCUAUGACAACGAAGGUAUUGCCAUCUUCUGUAUGCUGUUGACGUACUACACGUGGAUUAAAGCCGUCAAAACGGGGGCGAUUUUCUGGGCCACGAUGUCAGCCCUGGCCUACUUCUACAUGGUAUCCUCCUGGGGAGGUUAUGUGUUUCUUAUUAAUCUGAUUCCGCUGCACGUUCUGGCACUGAUGGCCACCGGACGGUUUACUCAUCGAGUUUAUGUCGCGUAUAGCACGCUUUACACUAUCGGAACCAUUCUGUCGAUGCAGAUUUCCUUCGUCGGAUUUCAGCCGGUUCAAAGUUCGGAACAUAUGCUAGCGUUUGGUGUUUUUGGACUUUGCCAGUUGCAUUCCUUUGUCGAUUACGUUCGGUCGCGGGUUUCGAAGGAACAUUUUGAAAUUCUGUUCAACGCCCUGGUGGUGACGAUUGCCUCGCUAACGGCGCUGGUUAGUGUGAUUCUCACGAUAACGGGAAAAAUUUCACCCUGGACAGGACGAUUCUACUCACUGUUGGAUCCAUCGUACGCUAAAAAUCACAUCCCAAUCAUUGCAUCCGUAUCCGAACACCAGCCGACCUCGUGGUCGUCGUUUUAUUUUGAUCUUCAGAUUUUGGUGUUCCUCUUUCCGGCCGGUUUGUACUUCUGCUUCUCGAAACUGUCGGAUGCCAACAUAUUCAUCAUUCUGUACGGUGUCACUUCCAUCUAUUUUGCGGGCGUCAUGGUUCGUUUGAUGUUGGUGCUAGCACCGGUGAUGUGUGUCCUGUCGGGGAUAGCCAUUUCUCAUCUGCUGAGUAAAUACAUCCGCAACGUGGACAUAGGAAGCGGCGGCGGUAGCAACAGCCUUAGCGGAGGACUCGGAGGAAAGUCGUCGGAAACGAAGAAAGCCAAAAAAUACGAACAACAAUCACCGAUGAAGAGUGAAAUUGCACUCGCUUUUGUCGGCGUCAUCACGCUGCUACUGGUCACGUACACUUUCCACUGUACCUGGGUCACAUCGGAAGCGUACAGUUCGCCGAGUAUCGUUCUCAGUGCCCGUUCUCACGACGGCGGAAGGAUCAUUUUCGACGAUUUCCGUGAGGCGUACUACUGGCUCAAAAUGAAUACACCUGAGGAUGCUCGUGUCAUGUCCUGGUGGGAUUACGGCUAUCAAAUAACGGCUAUGGCGAACCGCACCAUUUUGGUGGACAACAACACGUGGAACAACACGCACAUUUCGCGGGUCGGUCAAGCGAUGGCUUCGACCGAGGAUAAAGCGUACGAAAUCAUGAAAGAGCUGGACGUAGAUUACGUUUUGGUAAUCUUCGGUGGAUUAACCGGCUACUCGUCGGACGACAUCAACAAAUUCCUGUGGAUGGUCCGCAUCGGUGGCAGCACGGAUCGUGGAGCGCACAUAAAAGAAUCCGAUUACUACGCGUCCAGUGGGGACUUCCGCAUCGACAAGGAAGGAUCACCCACGCUGCUCAACUGUCUGAUGUACAAAAUGUGCUACUACCGGUUCGGGCAGGUUUACACCGAAGGAGGUAAAGCACCCGGUUACGAUCGGGUGCGUGGUGCGGAGAUCGGUAACAAAGACUUCGAACUGGAUGUCCUGGAGGAGGCGUACACCACCGAACAUUGGUUGGUGCGAAUUUAUAAGGUGAAAGACUUGAGCAAUCGCGGCGUUUAGUCCAUUGCCUUGAUAAGCUCGUAUCCAGUUUUCGAACACUACUCUCGUACUCAAAAGCAUUGCUGAUUUUCUAUUUUCGGUUUCCGCCCCCACGUUUGUAAACAGUCUACUACUUCUUAUCUGAAUAAUAAUAAUAAUAAUUGCACUCGCAAAACAGGUUCUCGAUACAGUCUACUACGUAAACGUAACACAGAAGGGUGGGCAAUUUUGUACAAUCUGUAUCCAAGAAAGUGAGUAAUAAAAAACAGUCUGCCACACAAGCCAGUAGUUUUAAAAAAAACACAGCAUUUUUUAUACGCCUAAGUGGAAUUGAAAACCACCAGCUCCACCACACUCAAAAUUAUUACAAAACAGUAGGAGCAGUUUUAUUAAAUGAGCCGUGAAAGUAAUAAAUAUUGAUAAAAAGUUUA